GGCGAUAAUUCCUAGACCUCUGUUGACAUUGAUCUUGAGGCCGAGCAAUAUUCACAAUGAACACGAUUCGAUCAACCUGGAUAGGCUGGGGUACUCUCUGCGUCGCCGGCGGCGGAGCCUACUACUUCGCUAAGAAGUCCAUCAAUGCCGACCGGGCCAGCAGGUUCGAAGCGGAGGUGAAGCGCAAGGCGCAGCUGGCUGCGAUGGAAGCCGAACACCGCCGUCUCAACACGCCCUCAACUCCGACCCCAUCCGAAGACCCGAGCCUGAAGCGCGCGAACAUCGCGCGUCUCCACAGCGCGACAGACGAUGUGGCCUCGCCGAGCGCUGAGGCCAGCCACGAUCCCGCGCCCACCCGUCACGAACCCGAGACCGAAGCCGAGCGCGUGUUGGAAAAGAGCAAGUACGAGUCCACGCAGCCCUUCCGACCUCCCCCGGGCAAUCGCCUUUGAAGAUGAAAUGUAUGUGCGUCAGUGUACACUGCAUAGGUAGGAUGAGGUUUAGGCGGUGACAAAAAAGGGCUAGAUUGUGGCAUAUUCGUGUACCAUAUUUUCUGAGCUGCGGGUCUUUUAUUUAUCGCCUUAAUGCUUGAAAUCUGUGUGGUCUGCGGGGUUGGCCCUGCAGGAGUACGUAC